GUGGAUGGCGCUUAUCACUAUCAGUACACUUUGCGAUGACUCUGGAGUAGAUGGCUCGAUGUUGAUCUACCUGUGCUUUUCUGACUCGGAGAAGAAAUUGCUUUACUUUUAUUUACUGAAUACGUUGCAACAUCGUUGGUCCUCAUUCCUUCCUGAGUGUUACCCUCCACCCACUCACCGACAUCAAUGUGCCCUCCUUGCCACAAAUUCCUAUGCAGGAACCGAUCACCCAAUCCGGCGG